CAUAUUCAACCAUGUGUAAUUUUUAAAAUGAAAAUCUUUACUUGGACACACUUGAGACAUUUUUUACUUUCAGUGACUUUCAGUUUGGAAAUGUCAGAAAAGUAGGUGCACACUUUCAGGGACAAUCCUAAAUUCAUAGAGUGCCCAUCCCCUCGCACCGCCGUGCAAGGCCCCGGCCCUCCCACUACUUGCUUUGGGCCAUAAAUCGAGGGCAACAAUGCAGCAGGGUCAUCCAUUAUGACGUCAAAUGUAAACAAACCAUCUCAUUUACGUUUGACCGUGUAAUUAGUCCAUGCAUGACAUCCAUAUAUCAUUUUUUCUUUUAAUAAAGAUCACAGAAUCCGGCGUCGAGGAUCGAGCCAGCACAGUAACUAAAACAAGCGCACUUUAGUGGCUUGCGUGUUGGGGAAAAGAAACUGACGAUGAACAUGACAUCGAGCAACAAAGAAAACUCGACCAUGAUAGACCAGGAAGACCUUAUCAACGCCGAGGCCGAGCUAGCUCAGCUUCGUCAACGAUAUCGUAUCGUAGAGAAUGAUCGGAGGGCCUAUCUGGAUGAAUCGAGUAAAAUUCUGCGAAAACAGAGGAAAUUCAUUGAAACACUGGAGAAAGAGAAAGCCGAGUUUCAGACGGAUAUGCACGUGAUCGGCUGUCCGGCCAAUCAGAGACGAGAAAAUAGUGACCUCCACACAAUGCAAGAUUUAAUAGAAACAUGUGAGGAGGGUGACCGACAGAUUUCAGAAGAAAUGCAUAAACUACAGAUGCUGGACAAGAAGUUGAGUGACAUGGCAGAGGUUAGUCUCAAUCAUCUUCGUAUUCAAGGAGGUUGGGAUGCUGAGCAAGUUCGCCAUCUUACCAGUCGGAAGAAAAUCAGACUCCUUGAGGGAAAACUAGACAAGCGAACCAUUGCAUUCAACAAAGCCUUGUCAACCAACAACGAGCUUCGUGCUAAGAUACAUCAAAUUCGUCGUGAUCUUGGGCUCCUUACACACACCUACACGACAGUCCUCAAGAAGCAGAGUAAUGUCAAGAAUAAGAUGAAUGAAAUUAUUCAGUUGUCUACAGCUGCGUACGAGAGCAGGGAGGAAUGUCUAGCUCGGAUGUCGACGAUUAGGGAACGAAAUGAGAAGGAUGAGAUGGCGUAUAAUAACGAGGUGAAAGACUUAACUCGUCUUCUAGCUCAUGAUCAACGUCUCAAAGACUUCAUGAAUCUGAAGACCCAAGAUAGAUCGGAUCUUCUAAAAGCUGCAUCGGAGAGAACAAAACAAAAACUAGCCAAGAGCAGCAAAACAUGUCUUCACCAAGAGGAGAUCAAGGGCUAUGAAGCUGUCUUCGAGCGCCUGAAGGUGUACGCCGGCGAGGCCGACCUCGAUCAACUUGUCCGAGAGUUCCUCAAGAAAGAGGGCGUGGCCUUUGCUCUCUUCAAUUACAAGAGCGAGCUUGAUUGCGAUGUGGAGGCAUUCACGCUCAGGAAUCAAUCGUUAAGAAAAGACAUGAAAAUUUUUAUUGACCAGGGUAUUCAACUGGAAGGACAGAGAGUCAAUAUUAUGAAGGAUUUAGAGGUAAAGGUAGCAGAAACUACUCUGGCGGCAGAUGCGGCUCAGAACCGCUACAAGAUGUUUCGCAAAGAUCUCGACAACGUAUUCCGUCGCAUCGUCGCUUUCAUCCGCAAACUUGGCUGCGAUUCAUCAACGGUGACGAACCGGCUUGGCUGCGGAGGUUCUAUCAACGAUCAGAACGCGAUGACAUACCUGGGAUUGGCUGAGUUCCUUUGCAAUGAUAUCCUGCUCGUUGAAGCUUUCAAUCAACAUCGAAGGCAAAAGAAGAAUAAUUCCACAAAGAAGUUGGUAGCAGCUCAGCAGGGGAGUGUCAUCACGGCCAAACUACGCCCAAAGUCCCCCGUUGCCGUGUCUAUCGUACCACCCCCAGUCGGGGAGGACGGUGAAAUACCAGCCGACCUGGAACAAAUCGCAUGCAGCGGCCUGGAUGAAUCGCAGCCUCUUUCACCAGACGAGAUAAGAGCUAAAGUCACACGAACCAUCGAGAGACGCGAGAUGAAGACGCGCAAUUCAUCAAAGAACGACUGGAGAUGGCAGGCUAAGAGUACAGACCCCGGAUCGCCCGAUGUCAUCAGAGAUGUUCAUUCCGGCUCUGAUUUUAUGAUCGAUCAGUCACCCUCAUCAGAGAGAUCCCUUUCUUUUGCUAAGCAAUAAUAAUCAAUAUUUCACUUUCAACAAGGAUAGAUUUUAUAUCAGGAAAAACAAACAAAACAAACCUGUUAUAUCAUGGAUCAUUGCAAAAAUGAGAUCUGCAUAACAUCCUAGGUCCUAAAAUACAAAGCACAUAGACAUUGAUCUCAAGGCUCAUUUUAUAAUUAAUUGCAAUUACCAUUACAUACAUACAUACACUAGAUUGGAUAAACCUACUGUACAAUGAAUUGCAAAGUAUUUUGAAACUGGGCCCUGGAGUCUUUUAUGCUAAUUACCUUUAUGAUGAAAUUUGUGAUGAAUAUGUGAUGAAAGAGAAUAUCAUUCAAUUAGAGCAAUUAUUUGAUAUUCUUAAUUGCAAAAGGUGAAAGUUGAAUCUGUAUUGAUAACUGAAUGAGAUGAUAUUCAGAAGUUUCCAUGUAGCAACACAAAAGAAUAUGGGGGAAUGUGAAAAUUAAUUAUAUUUUUCUUGAACUGAGUCAAGAAUUACAGUGUAUAUUAAAUGUUCAACAACAUUACAUUGCAGAAAACAAAAGAUGUCACAACAAAUGGGAAUUGUAAAGAUAGGCUAGAAUUUCAAAAGGAACAGUGGCUCUAGUGAAAACACAAUACAAAUCAAGUGAGAAUUUGAGGAAAGGAAUCUUAAUAUUUUGGAUGCUAGCAAAAGGGUACUCAAAAAAUGACUGCAACAAAAAUUAGUUUAUAUAAACAAAAUAAAGGUAAAGAAAAACAUAGGAUGAAUUGCUCUGUAUUCCAUUUGUGAGUAACACCAGACUAAGUGAUAGAAAAUAUAAAUGGAAAGUGAGAGAGAAGA